CAGCUUGGCUUCUAUGCUGCAUAUCACUCGAACAAGGUCAAUCAGGCCAUCCACUUCGUCUGCAUCCCAAUGAUCUUGUGGAUGGUGCUGACGGUUUUAAGGUCGACCAUGAUCAUGCUCGCGCACCUGCCUCUAUCCGGUACGAAGACUGUGCAUCUCACCGAGAAUCUCGCUAUCAGACCCAACGCCGCUCUGGCGCUUUACGCUGGAUACCAAAUCUACUACUUCCUGCUUGAGCCCAUUGGAGCUCUGACGUUUGUCCCCAUCGGCACCCUAAUGUACCUGACCGCAACAUCCUUUGCCAACUCAGCUCCCCUCUCGCUCCCAUUGCGACUGUACAAAGGCGUCGCACACCCCUCGGCCAUGCCUUUCGCCAUCGCACUCAAUGUUGCUAGCUGGAUCGCUCAAUUCAUCGGUCAUGGCGUCUUCGAAGGCAGGGCUCCUGCUCUGUUCACAAAUCUGACUCAAGCCCUCGUCCUUGCCCCCUUCUUCGUCCACCUCGAGAUGCUCUUUACCUUCUUCAACUACAAGCCAGAACUUCACAAAAAGAUGAUCAACGCCGCGGGAAAGCGAAUCCGCGAUAUGAACCGGGCAGCGAAGAUGAAGUAA